ACUGGACCGAUCACAGUCCGCUCUUAGCUAGUAGAUCUUUGCUUCUUUCUUUGUGGAUCUUUUUUGGGUUAUGCUCAGCAUGAAUGUUUCACGGCGACUUGGUAACGAGCUAGUGAGCUAUUAUAUUUGUUGUCAGGUUUUCAAGCAUAUCUGCUUAUCAAUCCAUCCCCGGUAGACCAUACGGGCAGGCGACUGGCAAGGUCAACUUUUCCGGGUGCUCCCCCCAGUCAUGUCAUCGCCUGACGGCCACGGGGUACUAGGAGAAUGGCGAACGCUUUACCACGAGUUUUUAAAUGCGGAGCGUGCCAUGGAAGCUGCACAACAGACGCUGUCGUCUCAGAGUCUCGGGGCAUCAUCACAGGCACCACUAGACGAGCUGCGCAGGGCGGGCGUAGCCAUGUCAAAUCACGCACAGAUGCUGGUCCAUGCAGCGGCGGAGCGUUGGGCCGAAGCCGCUGUCCCUUUGCCCGGGGAUAUUAUGAGCUCAAUGGUAGCGGAGGCCAUGGCGGACGACGCGACAGCGGUUGAAGAGGAACUCUUACGUCGCCUAGCGCAAGCAUCCCCUGGGCCCAGGGUAACCUUCCGGCCCCAAGUGCUUGACCCGCCGAAGCCUUCGGCAGCGCCUCAUCUGCGAGCACGCGAGCGGCCACAUGAGCCCCCUGCAAGCAGCAGCUGCCCUCAGGCGCCUCUGUUCUCGACACAGCCCCGACCUGCAGCUCCUCCUCCUCCUCUUGCACCGCAGCAGCGCAGCUUCUCACCCACCGUGGUCAUGCCUGGGAGCCUCGCCAUUAGCCAGCCGCAUAACGCCCAGCGGAGUGCCACCCGCGCCCAGCACGCCGCCGUGCCCACGCGUGCGUCUAUGCCCGCCAACCUAACGCCGGCCUCCUCAUCCCGAGCCGCUGCUGCCUUGCCCUCUGGAACUGCGGGCAUGCCGCAGCACCAACACCCCGGGGCCGCCCCUCGGCCCCAGGCCCUGCCCCACCACCAGCGCAACCCCUCCCAGCCAGCUCCCGGCGUGGUGCGAGCCUCCAUGCCCAUGCCAGACACCGCACCUUGGUCUCCAGGCUACCGCCCAGCACAACAACAAGCCUACGCUGCCGCCGCCGCAACUAGCGUACGGCAGCCACCCGAAUCCACCACCGCGCUUCGCCGAGCCAUGUCCAUGCGCGUCAGCCCCGGCCGGGCAUCUGUGGCGACCAGCUGUCGUGACCGCAGCCGUGAUCCCUCCCCUGGCCCUGCCUCCGCACGAGGCGCCCGCUCGGGCAGUGGUAUGACGUCUCCCGGCUACGCCGUACGCCACAUCCAGCGCCAAGGCAGCCCGCCGCGGCAGGUGUCCCCGGCUUCUCGGGAGGAGAUCUUUGAAGCGCUCCACCGAGGCGUGUCGCCGCACCGUGCUAGGCUGCUGCAGUCGGUUGCUGCACAGCCGGGGCCGCAGGCCGCCCGCAUGGCUUGGGCGUCUCUGGAGCAGCGCAGCUCGGCGCCGGCCGUGCAGCAGCAGCAGCGGCCGCAGCGCCCGCACCAGCAGGACCAGCAGGGCCCGCUCUCAGCGCGAGGCUCCAGCCAGCAGCAGCCGCAGCGCUGGGCGUCGGCUAGGUCUCGGCCGCUUGAGCAGCCGCCGCCGCAGCGGCAGCAGCAGCAGAGGCCAGGCGUAGCCGAGUCCUGGUUGGCGAGUCCUUGGGAGGAAGCUGCGCGCCCGGGAGCAGUGGACGCGGCCCACGUGGCUGCAGCCGCCCAACGCGGCGCAACCACGGGUGAACCCGUGUUGCCUCGACGCGGCAUUCUCCGGAACAGUGCUGGGGAGCGCCGAGCACAGCAGCCGCAGCAGCAGGACGCCCCGCAACGCGGCAGUGGUAGCAUGCCAGCUGCGGUGGCUGACAUGCAUGGUUUCAUGGAGCCGAUGGAAGCAGCUGUCCGCUCCAGGUCGCCCUCGCCGCAUGGUGCAUAUCGCCACAUGCUACAACUGCAGUCGCAUGUCGCGGCCUCGUCCUCUGCUGCUGCAGGGGGACAGUCGCAUGGGCAGGCGCAGCAGCGACAAGGGCCUGGGGCCGCAGCAGCUGCACGCAGUGUGGAGCGCAGGAGGCCCGCUGGUCCACUGCUCCCAGCUGACCACUGGCCGCAGGAGCACGUGUCCUCCUCGCCUGUGGAUCCGCCCAGCCCUGACCUCUUCAUCAGUCCAAAGGCCUAUCGGGAAUACGCCGCCGGGUCCUUCGGCGGCGCUGUGAGCAUGUCUGCUAGGCCCCCUACCGAGGCCCCGCCUACCGGUGACGUUGGGGACGUUGCCCGCACCGUGCCGCAUGCGGUUUCAGCAUCAGUAGCAGGGCCACCAGGCUUCCCACAGCCGCUGGACGAUGCGGCAGCGUUUGCUGGCGGGCGGCCUUUCCGCGGCAGGCAACAGCGGUUCUCGGGCGACCUGGAGAGGGCAGCUGCUGAGGGCCCUGUAGGCGAGCCGCCUCGCCCCGCACGACCGGCGUCGCCAGCAGCCACGCCCAGGGUGGACAUGCAGCCGCAGCCACAGCUGCGUUCUCCUGACGCGUUUGAGGAGCAGCGGCCGGCGGCGGUGUCGUACAAUGACAUGGCAGCGGCGCUGGAGGAGGGGGCCAUGCCGUACGCUUGGGCAGCACCGCCGCCGCCACCGUUGGCACCAUCAUCCGCCGCGGUGGCGGCGGCAGCGGAAGAGGUAGGCGCGUCGCCGCUGCCCUCGUCCAUGGGUGGUGGCAUUCAGGCGGCGGUGCACGGUGCCGGAGUACGCGGGGUGCUGGCAUCAGAGCCCGUAUCGCCCGGCACUUUUGAGCGGCAGCAGAACGAGGAGUUUGAGUUCUAUGAGGCCAUGGCUGAUGCGCAGGCUCAGGCGCGGGGUCGAAGGCUGGGGGCCGAAGCUCCCAGCAUGCCAGCGAACUAUCCGCAGCGGCCGCCUCCUCCCGCUGCCGCUGCGGCUCCUCAUCCCCUCGCAUUCGCCUCGCCUGCUGCUCCGCACCACCCUUUCUCACUCCAGCUGCCCAGCGCCUUACACGCCCACCAACGCACGCACGUCCACUCCAACGGAGGGAACCUUUGGGGCCUUCAGCAGCACCUUCACCCCAGCCUAGUCCAUGCAGCGCCCACGUCCCAUGGUGGGGCCCAUGCGGGCGUUGGAGGUGGAGCCGGCGGUAGCGGCAGCUCCGCAGGCCCUGUCGGGCUUUCAGAGGCGGCGCUGUCUGCUGCCGGGGUGGCGGUCGUGGCUACUGCCAUCAGCAGCGCUAGGUCCAGCAGCAGCUCAGUGUCAGGAGGAGCGAUGACGUCGUCGGGGGGGCAACCAGACGAGCCGCAGCAGGACGGGUUGGAUGGGCACGCAGGAGCGCUGACCCAUGGGUCGCCUGUCGCUGGAGUGUUGGAUGCCGCUGCUCUGACGGAGCAGCUAAGCCACAUGGACGUUGCAAGUCUGGAGGUGAUCCGUGGCUACGCAAGCGGGUAUAUCGACGGGCGAGUGCAGGCGCUUCAACAGCAAUCAGGACAGGUCCGCUCCCAAGUAGUCAAGGCAGCCGUACUUCGGCUGGUAGAGGAGGCGCUGCAGGCCAAGCGGCAGGCAGCAGCAGCUGCAGUAGCAGCGACAGACGUACAGCCCGCACCUGCUCCGACUCCUGUUGCUGCAGCAGCAGCACCAGCAGCAGCACCAGCCACUUCCCUUGUCCCCCCUGCAACAACGGUUAUGGCUGCAGCCGCAAUGCCGCCGACAUCGAUUAUCAUGGAGGCACCAGUGGCGGAGGGACUGCGCAGGGCUGCGUGGGACAGAGAGCACACGCUGGAGGAGCGGAUGCGUCAGGCUGCACGUACGGCAAGCGAGGGAGAACUGCCGGCUAUUGAUCCUGAACAGGCCGCCCUCCUCCCCACGCAUCAACAACACCCGCAACCUCCGCAGCAGCACCUGCCGUACUUCCACUACUCCGCUGCUGCCGCAGCCAUCGCUGCAGUCAGGGCUGCCAGCGGGUCGGCUCGUCCCUCCACGCAUGCAGCAGUCGCUGCUGCCCUGGCAUCUCCGCGCUCCCCCGGUGCAUGCAGCUCCCAAAGCAGCGUCACUACCGGCGGCUUCAGCCCUUCGAAAGCGGCACGGAGCAGCAGCGGAGGCGGUGGCAGCGGGCCGUAUGCGCUGCCGUACGGUCAUCCGCUGUCCGAUAGGUGGAGCUUGCAUGGGGCCGCCAGCGACGGCCCACAGACGGGCGCGGCGGCGGUUCAUGACGGCGAGGGCACCGGUGGCGACGAGAGUGCUGCUGCUGCGUCUGUCUAUGACGUUGACAACAGCAACGAUGGUGCUUCUGCGCCGUAUGGGAGCUGUGAAGAGCCGCAGGAGUUGCAGUCGCUGCAGCAGCAACCAGUGGAUGCAGUGCCCCCUCUUGUUACGGAUGCAGCCGCAGGUCCUUCCAGUCACGGCGGCGGCGCCUCGGUUUACAUUGCUGCUGCUGCUGCUGCGGCAGCGGCGGCUCCUAUUGUUGCGGAGUGGGCGGGACAUUCCCUUCCGGACACCGCCGCUGCUGAGCGCCAUGCGCUGAGCCGAGACCAAGACGCCGAGGGGUCCGCCGCCGUGCAUUCCUGGCCCGAGCACCUUCGCGAGCAGACCGCUGCGCCUUCCGGAGCCGCCGUGGAUUCCGACUCCGCCAUCGCAGCUCCAGCACCCGCCGUCAUGCAGCCCAUGCUGGAGGAACACGUGGGACACGCCAUCAGCCCCAGCUGCACCGACAGCGGCAGCGCGGUCAACAUCGGCACCGCCGCUGCUUCUCGCUCGGUCUCCACCAGCGGCGGCCUGCCACAUCACCGCAUGUCGGCAUCUCCAGCCUCCUCCUCGCCACGCGGGCAAAGUCCGCGGCCUGGGGUGGGCUCUGUGCUGAGGGCCUCCGCCGACUCCGUCGCGCUGGGCCGUACCUUCCGCUCCCCGCCCAGUGCAUCCUCCCCUCGAUCCAGCGGUGGCGGCAGCUCCGUGCCUCGCUCCAACCAGCACCACCACCACCACCCCGCCACCUACACGCCCUCCUCCUCCGCCUCACCCCAUCGCUACCAUGCCUACACGGGUAUCGUCCUGUCAAAGCCAGCCAGCGCGGCGUUCCACUCGCCGCCGGGCUCCCCCGCAUCCGCCCGGCCACCCAAGCUGCAAGCGCUGUCCCCCGCUUCUUCGUACGCGCCCAAGGCGUCGCCGCGGGAACGGCCGUCCACAGCACUGGCUUCUGCAAGGACGUUAUCGUCUGGCAGGUCGGGUGCAUCGGGCAGCAGCAGGGCUGCGGGAGCAUCCGAGCUGGGCGCUGUUGAGCAGCUGCGUAGCGACUCGAUGCGGUUCGUGAUGCAGCUGGAGGCCGCGAUAGCUGCGGAGGCGGUUCCGGCGGAUGUGGAAGAGGUAACGGAGGCGGCGCUACAGGCAGACAUGGUAACAGAGGCGGCGACGGAGGCGGAGGAGGAUGUCGUCGCUGCAGCGGCGAGGAGUGCAACGGCUGAAGCGCAGGAAGCGGUGGAGGUAGAGGAGGAGGCCGGCGGCUUGGCGGAGGCUCAACUUGCUGCUGUGGGCAAAGUAACGUCCCUGGCGACGGAAGGUGGGGCGGUAGCUUUGGAGCCACUGACGGCAGUCAACCACGCUGAGAUUGAGGGCGACACUGGGGAGCACCACCAGCACCCUGCUGGUGAUGACGAGGCGGUGAUACCACCGCAGUUGCCGCGGGAGACUGAGGAGGUGCGGCUGUCCUUUGGAGAGGAGGACGCCGCCUGGCCGCCUGCCGAACCAGCCGCAGUCUCGGAAUCCGAGUUAGCCUUGGAGCCGCAAGCCGUGCCUCAAGACGUGGUGGCUGAGGACGUUGCUGGCGAGGGGUGUGAGGGGUGUCUGCACACUGCAACCACCGCUACCAUGGACCUGUACGGGAAAGCGCGAGUUUCAUCGGAGGGAGCUGCGCCUGCCGAAGCCGUUGACGAUGUUAGGCAGGAGGAACCCAUCGACAAUGAUGCAGCAGCGACCGUAGAAGAAACGGAGAUGUCGCAGGAGGGGCUCAUUGCUGCUGCCAGUGUCACAGCGUAUGGCGCUCCGCCUAGCGCCGCUGCCGAUGACGAUGGCAGCCUGGCAGUGCCGGCGGCAUCGCCACCAGCAGCGGAAGCAACGGUCACCGAUGUGGUAGGUCUACCGUCACAGUUGUCGCUACAGCUCCCAGCGGCGGAGGUGGAGGCCAGUCCGGAAGGCGCUUCGGAGCUUGGAGCCCAGGAAGCACCCGAGACCGAUCUGGCAGUGGAAGCAGCAUCGGCUUCAGUGCCCCAGGAUACUGCGUUCGCAGCACCGCCCGCAAGCGCAGCAGCCAUGCCCGCGCCCGGUCCCGGGCGGUCGCCUGGGACGACGACUCCCAGCGACGACAUGCCGCCACCGCCGCCGCCAGCGAUGAUGUCUGCCUCUGCCUCGCCGCCGCCUCCGCUGCCACCACCACCACCAGCUUCCCAGGCUCCUCCAGAACCCUUACAAACGGCGUCGUCUGCGAACGUCGCCCCUGUGCCACAGCAUGCCGCUGCAAACACCGGUGCCAACCUGGACGGGGAGUCCGAGCUGGCUGCUCCUGCGUCUGCUUCUGCUUCUACCGCUGCUCCUCUGCAGCAGCAGCAACAGCAAGAUGCAGCUCAGGCGACUGUCCGGUCAGUCUCAGCUCCGGAUCAUCUUACCUCUGGGCACAAGGCAUGCAACAACACAUAUGACGGCAGCAGCAACACCAGCUCAGAGGUGCUUGCAACGGUCAGCUUGAGUGGCACGGGUAUGGCGCCUGUCGAGGCUUCCCAUAACCUAACGACCCUGCCCAAGGCCUUGCCGACGGUGGAAGCGGCGGUGCUGCCAGCGACGCCGGAGAUUUCUGCCGCUGAAGGUGAGCCGCCAAAUACAUCCCCACAGCCAUCCCAGCCAAGUACGGCGGCCCUGGAAACCACGGUCCCGCCGCCUGCGGUGCCCGCGCCAGCAGGAGCAGCAGCAGCAGCCGUUAAGACUGCCCCUGCAUCUGUUGCUGCUGUUGCUGAUGGUGGUGCUGCUGCUGAUGCUCCAGCUUCAGAGCCCGAAAGGGGCUUGCGGACGUCGUCCUCCCCAACAACGCUGAAGGCUGCGGUGGCGGCGGCGACGGCAGCGGCUGCUGCUGCUGCUGCUGCCGAGCCAACAUCGUCCAGCAGCGGUACCACCACACCCAGCAGCGGCACGGCAACGCCCACCCGCCCAAAGAGCCGAGACGCGCGCAGCAUUGAGCCGGUCUUGACAGAGCUGCGAGCGGUUCGGACAGCCAUGUCGAUGGGUGACCCCGACGGCUCCCGCGCUGUACGCAUGGCGGAGCUGCUGGGCCAGCUGGACACCUACCGGCGAGGCGUGGAACGACGCCACGGCCCCCAGCACUCCAUCGCCUCCCAGCUGCGCAUCCUGCAUGCCGACAUGAGCAAAUGGCUGCAGGCAGCCGUCGCAACAGCGGCAGCGGGAGGAGGGGGACCGGCGAAGACGGUUGCUGCAACCACCUCUGCCGCCGUCGCCUCCUCCUCCUCCUCUUCCGCGCAACCGACGAAGGCAACGACGACGUCGACGUCCAGAAGGGCCUCUGCUGCUGCUGCAGCCGCAAGGGCCGGCAACGGACUGCAUUACACGGCGGUAACGCUGAAGUUGGGCGGUGUCGGGGUCUCUGUAGCGCCCUCCUCAACGGGGCUCCAGGGCUCCACAGCGUCCCAUGGGUCGUCGUCAUCACAGCCCCAGUCCCAGCCCCAACUCCUGCCACCACCCCCUCAGCAACAGCCCCCGCUGACCAGUCAUGAAUCCCAAUCCUCGGUCGGCUCCGACGCCACGUUUGACCUCGCGGCGUCCACCGGAGGCACAACGCCUCGAGACAGCCUCCACGUCACCCUCCCGGACGGCUUCACGUUCCCGCAGCACGCGCAGGAGCUGCCGCAGCAGCAACAACAAGGACAGCAACCCC